CAGAUGGUCCUUGGAUGAGACCCCACUAAGAAAUGGUUCAACAUCUGCCAGCAGCCGCGUUUCUGGGAGCAGGAAGAGCCCCCUCAGAGCCCUGUGACAUGAGCAAAACCUCUGGAAUUUAAACCCAGGAGGAUGUCUUUGACUGAGGAGCUGGAGAGCCUCUUCUCUGCCACCCCKUACAUGGUGACAGACACAAGUGAGGACACCCCAUUCCCAAUCAGACCCAACACCUCCACCAACACCACCGGGGAUGGCGCGUGGGCUGCCRGCUCGGUGGAGGACAUGAUUGCCAUCUGCACCAUCGGGACAAUCCUGUCGCUCAUGUGCGUGCUGGGGGUGACAGGCAAUGUCUACACCUUGCUGGUGAUGUGCCAUUACCUGCGCUCCUCUGCCUCCAUGUACAUCUACAUCAUCAACCUGGCGCUGGCCGACCUGCUCUACCUCCUCACCAUCCCCUUCAUUGUCAGCACCUACUUUAUCCAGAAGUGGUACUUUGGGGACGUCGGCUGUCGCAUCCUCUUCAGCCUGGACUUCCUCACCAUGCACGCCAGCAUCUUCACGCUCACGGUCAUGAGCACGGAGCGUUACUUGGCUGUGCUGAAGCCCCUGGACACGGUGAAGAGGUCCAAGAGCUACCGCAAGGCCAUCGCCGCGCUCAUCUGGCUGGUGUCCCUGCUGCUCACCCUGCCCAUGCUCAUCAUGAUCCAGCUGGUGCAAAGGGAYAACAAGAGCAUCUGCCUGCCCACCUGGAGCAAGCUGUCCUACAAAGUCUAUCUCACCAUCCUCUUUGGCACCAGCAUCGUGGGCCCGGGGGUGGUCAUUGGCUACCUUUACAUCCGCCUGGCCAGGAUUUACUGGGUGUCACAGACUGCGUCCUUCAAGCAGACCAAGCGGCUGCCCAACCAGAAGGUGCUCUAUUUGAUCUUCACCAUAGUGCUGGUCUUCUGGGCUUGCUUCUUGCCUUUCUGGAUAUGGCAGCUCCUCUUCCAGUAUUAUGAAUCCUUCCCUUUAUCUCCCAAGGUGAUGAAGAACAUUAAUUACCUGACAACCUGCCUGACCUACAGCAACAGCUGCAUCAACCCCUUCCUGUACACGCUGCUCACCAAAAACUACCGGGAGUACCUAAAGAACAGGCAGCGCUCCCUCAGCAGCAGCAGUGGGUACUUCCAGAGGAGGAAUCGCUUCCAGAGGAUUUCAGGGCGAUCCCUGUCCACGAGCAGCCAGCACUGCACAGAGACUUAYGUCCUUGCUCAUGCUCCUUUGGGGAACAGCAGUGCCUGAAGGUAAAAUAUAUCUCCAAGAACAAUCAACAUUGGCUUCAAUGUUGCUUUGAUUUAAAGUGUACRUUGUAAAGGCGAAGCCUUGGCAGACCCAUAAUGUGAACACAUUUAGUCCAGAGGCUGUGCCAUGUGUCUGUUCCCAUUUCUCCAGUACCACUGAUUUGAUGCUAGCAGCACUCAGCUGAACAUCUAUCUAAAUAGCCUUUCACUUUUUAUCUUUAUAUUUUAUAGUGUAUGUCUCCUCAAGUAGCCAUCAAUAAUGAAAGCCCAUAACAGGGCCAUGAUUUUUAAUAGUAUCAGCCGU